UCUGCCCUGCUGUGAAGGGGGAGAAAACAACCCGCCUCGUGACAAGGGGCUGGCCCAGCCCGCCCUAGCCCUGAGGAGGGGGCGGGGCAGGGGGAGUCCUAUAAUUGGACAGGUCUGGGAUCCGGUCCCCUGCUCAGACCCGGGAGGCUAAGGACUUGUUUCGGAAGGAGCUGACUGACCAAGCACAAUUGGGAAGAUGAAGGCUCUGUGGGCCGUUCUGUUGGCCACAUUGCUGACAGGAUGCCUGGCCGAGGGAGAGCCGGAGGUAACAGAUCAGCUCUCAUGGCAAAGCAACCAACCCUGGGAGCAGGCCCUGAACCGCUUCUGGGAUUACCUGCGCUGGGUGCAGACGCUGUCUGACCAGGUCCAGGAAGAGCUGCAGAACUCCCAAGUCACACAGGAACUGACGGUACUGAUGGAGGACACUAUGACGGAAGUAAAGGCUUACAAAAAGGAGCUGGAGGAACAGCUGGGCCCAGUGGCGGAGGAGACACGGGCCAGGCUGGCCAAAGAGGUGCAGGCCGCACAGGCCCGACUCGGAGCGGACAUGGAAGAUCUACGCAACCGACUCGGGCAGUACCGCAACGAAGUGCACACCAUGCUGGGCCAAAACACAGAGGAGCUGCGGUCGCGCCUCUCCACACACCUGCGCAAGAUGCGUAAGCGCUUGAUGCGGGAUGCGGAGGAUCUGCAGAAGCGCCUGGCGGUGUACAAAGCCGGGGCACGCGAGGGCGCCGAGCGUGGUGUGAGUGCCAUCCGUGAGCGCCUGGGGCCAUUGGUGGAGCAGGGUCGCCAGCGCACAGCCAACCUGGGCGCUGGGGCUGCCCAGCCCCUGCGCGACCGCGCCCAGGCUUUGAGUGAGCGCCUCCGAGGGCGGCUGGAGGAAGUGGGUAACCAGGCCCGUGACCGCCUAGAGGAGAUGCGCGAGCACAUGGAGGAGGUGCGCUCCAAGAUGGAGGAACAGACCCAGCAGAUACGCCUGCAGGCCGAGAUCUUCCAGGCCCGCCUCAAGAGCUGGUUCGAGCCGCUAGUGGAAGACAUGCAUCGCCAGUUGGCAAACCUGGUGGAGAAGAUACAGUCCUCCGUGGCUACCAACUCUGUCCUCUCCACCUCAGUGCCCCAGGAGAAUCAAUAAGUAUCCCUCUCCUAUCCCCUGUGGCAACAUCUAUGACCAGCCAGGUGGCCCUGUCCCAAGCAUCACUCUGGCCCUCUGGUGGCCCUUGCUUAAUAAAGAUUCUCCAAGCACA